AUGGAGGGAAACAACCACACGGAGGGUACUAAUGAAGAAGAACUAUGUUCGUUGCCUGAAAUGAUUUACGCCUUGUGUUCAAAAGAUCGUAGUGACCUAAACCCUUUGCAAGAGAUAUUUGGUGCUCACACGAGUUCACCAAUGCCUAAGGAUGUUGUUACCAAGAACUGUGAUCAUGAUGAGAAACUCGACGAGGAGAGUAACCGUAUGGCUAAACGGCAACGUUCCAUGGAUUAUCGUGUGAUGAUGGAGAAGAAAAGACGACAGGUCAUUAAAGAUAAAAUAGAUACAUUGCAGAAGAUGACACCUAUUCCCCCAAAGCCGGACCUUGCAGGGAAGCUUGAAAACAUCAUUGACUACAUUAAGAGUUUGCAGUAUCAAGCAGAUAUAAUGUAUAGGGCAUACGCAGCUACUCCGGUUUACUCGUCACCAUAUUAUGGAACUCAACCACCACCAUGUAUGUCUCCAUGGGGAUAUUAUCCUCCAGGUAUCCCAAUGAUGCCUCAGCAAAAUAUGCCUUAUAUCCCACAAUAUGAUCAGGUAUACGACAUGGCGCCUCGUGAUCAGACUAAACCUUAA